CGAUGGAUUGCAGCCCUGGAAAUCUCACUCAGGAGCUACGACUGAUGGGGGCUAGUGCUUUGGACCCCGCCCCCGCUUCCUUCAUUGGGCAGACCUGUCAGAAAAUAUUUACAGAGAAUCACUGAGACACCCGAAGCGCAAGCCGACAAGCAAAAAUGGCAGGACUAGACGAAGACGUUGUAGACGAGGUCCUGUACUUGGCGCGAGCGAAUGAAGCAGCUGAGCUCGAUUCGUACAUCUCCGAAUUGUCCACACAAACGAAGCGAUCAAAGACCGAACUCUACACUGCGGCUAUCGACCCAUAUUCGAAGAAUAGCGCGCUGCAUUAUGCUGCUGCUAAUGGACACAACGACGUCAUCAAGCUGCUGUUCUCGACCGGCGCUGAGAAGCCCGAACCCACAUUCCUCAACGCGGUCAAUGAAGCAGGCAACACACCCCUCCACUGGGCCGCGUUGAAUGGUCAUCUCGAAAGCGUAAAACUUCUCAUUCACGCCGGUGCCGAUGUCACGAUCAUCAACCGAGCGGGCCACGAUGCGGUCUAUGAAGCGGAGAUCAACGACAAGAAUGAAGUCGUAGACUGGCUCCUUGGAGCCGUGGAGGAACUGGAGAAAGGAAUUGGACAGACUGGCGAAGCGGAAGCGGAAGCUGGAGAGAACACCGACGAGAACAUGGAUGAUGCAGACGCAGAGGCGGAGCAUGCCCAAGGCAACAGUGCAUCGGCGCAAGGGACUACAACUGCAUCAACGGUGGAAGACGUCCAGAAGCAGAUGGCGGACCUAGGUACCCAGGAUCUUGCGUCCAAGGGUGGCUGAAGCACCUCGACUGUUGGCCGCAAUAUACAUAUAUUGCUGACGGCCUGCAGCUGCAAGGAACCGAAUCUGCCCCUGAUGACGUUGGGUUCACGGCAAACACAAAACCAUGUGGUGGGGUUUGCACAAGAUAGCGUGCAUUGCAAAGGCAAAGCGCCGAAAGAUUGACAUGGCGCACAUGGGACCGGUAUCUGGGUGG